AAUAGUUGACUUGACUUUUUGAAGAGGUCGACAGUUUUCUUAUUGACAUAUAUAUAUAUUUUCUUUUUUGUAAUACCAAAUUUCGUGGAUAAUCAGAAGCCCGGGAAGCAGCAUGGAAACGGUUAUGGAUGUGGCAAACGCGUUGGGCGAAACGGGCGACGAGAUCAAGCCGGAGGAUGCGCUGGGCGAGUGCCUGCCCUGGCCGCAGGAUGUGCACCUGUAUCAGCCGCCGGAGGAGACGCAGCUGCUGCUGCCGGAACGCGCCAGUUGCCUGGCCGUAAAGACAUAUCUGCGUAUGUGCCGGCUGCCGUUUGGGGAGCGCCAGUGCGACAAUGCGGAGUUCAUGUCGCCGGGCGGACGGCUGACCAAGCUGCCGCUGCUGCGACUGGGACGGCAUCUGUUCACCGAAUUCGAGCCGAUUGUCGGCCACGUGGAGGUCACCCAGCUGUCGCAUGCGCUGAGCGCCUGGCUGCCGGCCGAGGAGCGCGAAGAUAUGCGCAGCAUGGUCACACAUGCGGAGAACACAUUCACCCUGGCCGAGCUGCAUCAGUGCUAUCUGCAGCCAGAGAUCUAUGCCAGCCAUACGCUGCCGCGCAACGGUGCGGCACAUCCCUGGCCCCUGAGCAGCAUGCGGCGGCACGAGAAGCGCGACGAGGCGCUCCGCCUGCUGCGCGUCUAUCAGUGGCACCAGCUGGACGCUGCCGCUGUCCGGGCACAGCUGCAGCAGUGCUGCCAGCUGUUGAGCGACAAGCUGGAGCAGGCGGAGACGGAGACGGAGACGAAGAUCGACUCCCAGCUAAUUGCCAGCUAUCUGUAUGGGCCGCAGCUCUGCGAGCUGGAUGCCCUCGUCUUUGGCCAUGUGGCCGCCAUUCUGGCCAGCCAGCUGGUCAGCUCUAUGCUGGCGGAGACCGUGCGCAGCUAUCCGCGCCUCAUAGCCCACAGUCGCCGCAUCGACGAGGCCUACUUCCAGGGCAAGCAGCUGGCUGGCGAGCCGUAGCAGGAGAAACGGAAAACGGGCAACGGGCAACGGGCAACGGGCUGCAAGGAGGAGGAGGAGCCGCCGCCGGGGAAGCAUAUUAAAGAGCCGACAACAACAAACAAAAAACGAAAAACAAAUAAACUUUUAUUUUUAUUAUUUAACUCUGUGGGCAGUGCACGACUAGCAGAUACUCUCCUUUCAACAUUUACAAAUCCUAUACUCCUUUCAUAAAUGCAUACAGAAAAACUCAAACAA